AUGGAUGCCGAUGUCGAUGCGAUCGACACCGAUGACGAUGAUGACGACGAUGCUGGUAUAUUCAGCAUCUCCAAUGACUGCCACAGUGAGAAAAAUGACGCCCUCACUAGUGGAGACAACGUUCUUUCAGCAGUGUACACAAAGCGCACUGCUGUUGACAAGGAUGAAUCAACAGAGGAAUUUCUGCUGACUCGCGAAGCGGUUGUCCGCUUCGUUCAAGACUCAAUUGCUGAUGCACUAUACGGACAGAAAAGAAACGUAGACAGUUCUACUGUCUACAGUAAACCUACCGAAACACGCAGUGGCAAACAUGGGCAGCAGUAA